CCUACUGUUUUCAAUUUGUUGUGUUUGCUUAAUGUUGCAGAACAUUAUAAAGACAGAAGUAACAAAUGAGACUCGGAUUCAUAUACAUUCUGAUAACAAAGAUGAAAUAAUCUCCACUGGCUCAGACACAGAUAUUUCAGAACAAGAAUGUCUUCGAACUGAUUCUAACAGUCCACACCCACAACCUACUAACAGUCUCACUGUUCAGCACUCAAUCACCAAUACUACCACUAAUGACACACAAUCACCAACAGACAAAAAGAAAGAUCGCUUCAAGAAAUCUCUACGUCUCACUUCUGAAGAAAUUAGCAAACUUGGACUUCAUGAGGGCAGCAAUGAGGUAACAUUCUCUGUGACAACUCAGUAUCAAGGUACUUGCCGAUGUACAUCUCAUAUUUAUUUGUGGAAAAGCCAUGAGAAAAUCAUUAUCUCUGAUAUAGAUGGUACAAUCACAAAAUCAGAUGUACUGGGCCACAUCUUCCCAAUUUUGGGUUUGGAAUGGUCACAAAGUGGGGUUGCAGAAUUGUUCACACGCAUUAACAACAACAGUUAUAAAUUUGUCUACCUCAGUGCCAGGGCCAUUGGACAGUCUCGUGGAACCAAGGAACUGUUAAAAAGUAUUAAACAAGGUGGCUUAGAGUUACCUGAUGGUCCCCUCCUGCUAAACCCAACCUCUUUAAUAAGUGCACUUCACAGGGAAGUGGUAAAUAAAAAUCCCCAGGAAUUCAAAAUCAGUUGUUUGAAAGAUAUAGCAGCUCUCUUUCCUUCCAACCCAUUCUAUGCAGGAUUUGGUAAUAAAAUUACUGAUGUGUACGCCUAUAAAGCACUGAACAUUCCAGAUUCGCACAUCUUUACUAUAAACCCACAAGGGCAUUUGCGACAUGAGCUCAUUCAAACCUUCAACUCAACCUAUUCUCGCCUCAGUGACAUUGCAGACCAUUUUUUCCCACCACUCUACCCUAAAGAGAUGGGUAAUCGGGGCCGAGAUGACCAAGAAACUUCCAGUGAAUUCAGUAACCCCAUUUUCUGGAGGCAGCCUUUACCUGAUAUUUCUGGAGAAGCUAAAAUUUUGCUUGAAACCACUUCAAAGGAUGUGAAAACAAAAGCUAAAGAUUCCAAACAAAAGAGAUGAUGAUUCUCUUAUUAGACUGUCUUAAUCUGGUUCCUUAUUAACUUCUCAUUUACAAAAUUUUGUUAAAAAACUACAAAAAUGUGUAAAACAUUGUUUGACUACAGAAAAGAAAAGACACAAUCCAACAUGGAAUAGAUUUUUUUAAACUUCAUUAUCUCUUUUAAUCUGGACUCACAUUGUUUUCUUCUCAAUUUUAUUUUUCCUUCUGUGGCAAGUGACAAAGUAAGAUAGUCACUUCUCAAAUAUGGAAGCUUCUUUUUCACUAUUUCCACUCUCUAAUAUACGUGAUAUAUUUGUUCAAUCAAUAUUUUCUACUGCUGCUCUAUAUAGACACCACAUCCAUGUCUUCCACCUGACCUGUCAUUGCACUACUUCAGUCUACACUAUUUCCUGACUGUAUUCAGUAAAGGUAUUCACAUACACACAAACACACACAUCUUUUAUUGUGUAAAAGGUCAGGUCUAAAUAUUUUCCCUCUAUUAUAUUUAUUUACCCAUUUUAGGAAAAAGAAGUUGUUUCCAUAUUUAUUUCCCUGUUGUAAUCAUUCUGAACAAAUCUCUUAACAUUAACCCUUUUAAACUGAUUGGAGCUGUUCAACUGACAAUAUUACAUGGGUCUUAACAAAGAAAUCUGUGAUGGAUCUUUCACAUUGCAUCUUUUCUAGUUAGCAACUGUGCUAGAUAUUUAGUUGAUGACCAGACAUCUUUCUGGAUGAUAGACAGCACAAGACAAUCCCUGUUGUCUCAUUUAUAUUGUUUAUUGGAACUGUGUUAUCAUUUUGUUUAUUAAAAUCUUCCUCCCUUCCCUCAACUAUUCAUUGUUAAUAUACUUUCUGUCAGAUACCUCAACUAUUAGUUAUUCUUCUAUGACAGAACCCAUUCCAAACAACAAAAAGAUCAAUGUGAUCUUACAUAGCUAUUCAAUUUGGUGAGGUUAAACUAUUUCAUUGUUAAUUAUUUUCUGCCAUUAUUGUUAUUCUGUGCAUGUGUUCCUUUACCAAGUUUCAAUGGUAAGAGAUGUUCUAAAAUAGCCAUUCCAUUCUUGUCAGUAUGAGUUGUAUUUCUUUGUUAUUUUACUUCAACACUACCACUGCCACAUUCACUUUCCAUUCUUGUUCAGUCCCCAAAAGCAGCAAGUUUAUAGAAACAUAAAAAAUAAUAAAAGCCUUGCUGUGAUUUUCAAAUU